GUGACAUGGCUAGAAGGGCGCUGAAGCUUGCUUCGUGGACCAGUGUGGCCCUUGCUGCCUCUGGCUUCUACCUCUACGGCAACAAGUACUUGGACCCUAAUGACUUUGGCGCUGUCAGGGUGGGCAGAGCAGUGGCGACGACUGCUGUCAUCAGUUAUGACUACCUCACCUCUCUAAGAAGUGUUCCCUAUGGCACAGAAGAAUACCUGCAGCUUCGAUCGAAGGUGCACCUCCGCUCGGCCCGGCGCCUGUGUGAGCUCUGCUGUGCCAACCGGGGCACCUUCAUCAAGGUGGGCCAGCACCUGGGGGCUCUGGACUACCUGCUGCCGGAGGAAUACACCAGCACGCUGAAGGUGCUUCACAGCCAGGCCCCGCAGAGCAGCAUGCAGGAGGUCCGCCAGGUCAUCCGCGAGGACCUGGGCAAAGAGAUCCACGAUUUGUUUGUGAGCUUUGAUGACACCCCGCUGGGGGCUGCUUCCCUGGCCCAGGUCCACAAGGCAGUGCUUCAUGAUGGGCGGACAGUGGCCGUGAAGGUCCAGCACCCAAAGGUUCAGGCUCAGAGCUCAAAGGACAUUCUCUUGAUGGAGAUGCUCGUCCUGGCUGUGAAACAGCUGUUCCCGGACUUCGAGUUUAUGUGGCUGGUGGACGAAGCCAAGAAGAACCUGCCGUUGGAGCUGGACUUUCUCAAUGAAGGGAGGAAUGCUGAGAAAGUAGCCCACAUGCUGAAGCACUUUGACUUCUUAAAGGUUCCCCAGAUCUACUGGGAGCUCUCUUCUAAGCGGGUCCUUCUGAUGGAGUUUGUGGAUGGUGGACAGGUCAAUGACAGGGACUACAUGGAGCGAAACAAGAUUGAUGUCAAUGAGGUCUCGCGUCACCUGGGCAAGAUGUACAGUGAGAUGAUCUUCGUCAACGGCUUUGUGCACUGUGACCCUCACCCGGGCAACGUGCUGGUGCGGAAGUGUGCAGACACGGGGCAGGCAGAGAUCGUCCUCCUGGACCACGGGCUCUACCAGGUGCUGACGGAGGAGUUCCGCCUCGAUUAUUGUCACCUCUGGCAGUCCCUGAUCUGGACCGACAUGAAGAAGGUAAAGAAGUACAGCCAGCGCCUGGGAGCCGGCGAGCUGUACCCCCUGUUUGCCUGCAUGCUGACAGCCCGCUCGUGGAACUCGGUCAACAGAGGCAUUGGCCGGGCGCCAGUCACUGCCAGCGAGGAAAUGGAAAUCCGGGACAAUGCGGCCAACUACCUCCCCCAGAUCAGCCAGCUCCUCAACCACGUGCCGCGCCAGAUGCUGCUGAUCUUCAAGACCAACGACCUGCUGCGUGGCAUCGAGGCGGCCCUGGGCACCCGCGCCAGCGCCAGCUCCUUCCUCAACAUGUCGCGCUGCUGCAUCCGGGCGCUGGCCACGCACAAGAAGAAGAAUACUUGCUCGUUCUUCAGAAAGACCCAGAUCUCGUUCCGAGAAGCCUUGAGUCUAUGGCAGAUUGACCUUCAUGAAUUCUUCCUGAGCGUGAAAGGGUUGAGGCUGACCAGCUGGGUCUUGUCCCUUAUUUACUGGCUGCUUCCUGCUUCACACUGA